CAAGAUGCCGUUGUCUGGCCUUAGCGGAGAUCUUGUGUCCAGUGUGCCUGACUGGUUGUGUAGUUAUUAGUAUGUGUGACCAACGUGUGUGUGUGUGUGUGUGUGUGUGUGUGUGUGUGUGUGUGUGUAUGUGUGUGUGUGAUCCAAGAUGGCGUCGUCCGGCCUGUCGGAGGAGAUCUUGUGUCCUGUGUGCCUGGGUGAGUUCCAGGAGCCUGUCAGUCUUCGCUGUCAGCACAGCUUCUGCAGGAGAUGCAUCAGCACUUACCUGGCAACCAGCGGGGGUGCAGGGCUGUGCCCAGAGUGCAGACACCCCUUCAACAAGAAACAUAUUAAGGCCAAUCGAUCGCUCGCCAAGGUGGUCAGCGCAGCUAAAGAACACCUGGAAGAACAGAGGACACUACAGGAGAGCCUGACUAGCGUGUUGUUGGAGCCGGCGGGUUCAGGGGCGGAGCCUGUGGAAGACCCCGCCCUCAUGUGCUCUGUGCACCAGGAGAGGCUGAAGCUGUUCUGUACUGAGGACCAGCAGCUGCUGUGUGUGGUGUGUAGAGAGGCGGAGCAACACCACGGACACACAUGCAGACCAGCCGAAGAGGUGGCACAGCACUAUAAGGGCUUGCUGGGUGGAGCAGUCAACUUCCUAUCUACGGAGAACGCAAGUCUAAACUACAUGAUUGGCUUGCAGUCUGCUGAGGUCCUACAGACACAGGAGCGCUCCAGAGACCUGUCUGCGAUGAUCUCCUCUGAGUUUGUCAAGCUGCAGCAGCUACUGAGAGAUCAGGAGCAGAAGGUGCUCUCUAGACUGCAAGAGGAGGAGACUAGAGUUCUGGUUCCCAUGCAGACCAACCUGAACAUGUUGACACAACUCAUCUCCAUGGAGACCAACACGGAGCAGGUGCUCACCUCCAACCUCAGCAACACCCAGCCAAUCACAUUCCUCCAGUGGUGGACCUCUGUGGGGAGUGGCAUGGUUGAAGAGAUGCUGCAUUUUGAUAGCGACCCUGCAUCCUCUGAAGAACACACCAGCUCCACGGAACAGCAACGGCUCUGGUUCUCAUCGAAGCUGGAGGGCCUGGGCGUGUGCAGUGAUGUCAUCAAUCUGGGCCCAUACGAGUCCCAUCUGCCCUUCCUAGUCUGGAAGCAAGUUCUCAACCACAUCCACAUCCAGCAAGUUCCCCAUGCUGAUGAGCUGGCUCAGUGGGAGGAGUCCUAUUCCCGAGUGGGCCUAUCAGGGCGCAGCCUGCAGCGCGUGGACAGGAAGCUGGGGGGCUUGCUGGGCGUGUUCCGGGGCUAUCGGCCAAUGGCACGCUGCCAUCCAGCGUACGGCCAGGGCCGCCACUACUGGGAGGUGGAGGUGGGUCGCAGACCCGACUGGGCCGUGGGGGUGUGUGUGGCGGGUGUGUCUCAGCUGUGCGCGUGCCAGGGGAUGUGUGUGUGUAGGUGGUGUGCCACGCCACAGGGGGCGCUACGGGAACAGGUGAUGCUGCACCUGAAGAGGGGACGCGGCUACAGUGUGACUGUGUCUGGAGCGGUGGAGACCCCUGUUGCAUUGUGGGAGUAUCCAAGGCGAGUGGGCGUGUACCUGGACUGCGACAGAGGGAGGGUGGAGUUCUACGAUGCUGAUACACUCCUUCUGAUCCACUCCUCCAAGAUGGCCGACUGCCAGCAUCAGGACCACACGGCUGGGUCAGGCAGGGAGGGGCCACUGCUGUCCCUGUGCCUGUCCCCCGGCUGCUACAACAAGGAGGAGGAAGGGAGAGGCGACUGGGAACCCCUCACCGUCUGCUGUUACCGCCGGCAACGCCCUCCCGGGGCCGACAUGGAGCUGCUGGGGCGGGUCUGGAGGCCGUCACUGCUGGGGGCCGACGAGGCGCUGUGGUGGCGCGACGCCAGGCUGGGGCUGGCCAUCCUGGGGGUGGCGGCAGGGGUGAUGGGGGUCACUUCAGGCUGGGGUGAUCUGGGGAGCUCAAGGGGUGACUUGGGCCGUUCUGGAGGUGGGGUGGGGGGCUUGGGUCACAGCCUGGAGGACUCAAUCUGGUGGUGA